UCACUGUUUCUUCUCAUGAAGAACUUUAUUCAUGUUGUUUGUAAUGAACAAACUCGUAGACAGGAAGUGAAAGUGAUUCAGUUGAUCAGGACCGAGACAGAACCACAUCACAUCCUGGUCCAGGUUCAGGACCCUUUGUCGUCCAGACCACAUUUCACCUACACUCUGCCAUUUGCCCCAGAAGCUUCCAGGUCUCCACGGAACCAUCAGGUCACUACGGAGACCAUCAGGGGGAAAUCGAACCUUCUGAGCUGGACAAUCAUUUUUCUUCUGAACUCUUCACCAGGCGACCUCAUGAAACUGUCGGCACUGGGACAUGGAGUUCUGCUGCUGCUGGUCGCUCACCGCUCUCUGCUCCUGAAGUCUGAGCUGCCCACAUGUUCCUCUGUCCACUGACAUGCAGGAUGUCCUGAGUGGACUCCGUCCAGCGUCUCCUUGCCGAUGGUCCAGCUGGUGAAUGGGGGGGGGGGAUUUCUCAGCUCAUUACAAGCCUGAUUAGCUGUAAGGAGAUUAGAGGUGCAGGACACCAAGUUACAGGCACCUGAAAAAUCUUCUCUGCCCCAAUAUUUGCUUCACGGCUCAAACUGUGGUCGAGGACUCCGGCCGGAGGACGACGGAGGUCGGAGGGGAAACGGACGAGCCACAGGAGUUGUACAUCUUUAAGUGGAGAAGCGGUGACAUGUUGGCGCCGUGGUGGAGUCGUGGACAGUCAAGUACCUAAAAUACCUCAUUAAGCUCCUUACGACGCUGUGCACAGCCGUCAGCGCUCUUCACCGAUGCCCACACUGAACCUCCUCCCAGACCCUGUGCACUGGAUGAGAGAACUACACCUUGACAGGACCAUAACGGACCAUGAGGCCACAGUCCUGGGCAGCAAAGUGAAACGUUCCCGUCUGUCCAGCAGAACCAAACAUUUCAACUCCACUCGUCUUCUGAUGCUUCACACGUUCACGUUGAUUGGUGGAACGAGGCGCCAUGUGAACGUUUGAGCUGAGGAGCUCAACAAGCAGCUCGGAGGAAUUCAGAGGAUAACGAAAAUAGAAAUAGGUUCAUUUCACAUCUUAGGUUUGUGAUGCAGCAGCUCGUGGCUGUAAGUCGAGCAGCACCUUGAGGCAGCAUGACUCUGAGCACUUGGACGUGAUACACAUAAAACCAGAGGACCAACAUGGUGGUCGGGAAGGUGACCUUCACCAAGCUGGAGAGAGAGAAGCUAGCUGAGGUCCUCUGGCUGCUCAACUGGAUCUCUGUCAUGACGGGGGCCACACUCUUCGGCCUGGGCCUGUUCCUCAAAAUUGAGAUUCUGAAAUGGCAGGAAGUGAUGUCAGACCAGGGGAUCCUCUAUGUGCCACACAUGCUGAUCACCACAGGUCUGGCGGCCUGCUGUAUCAACUUCCUGGGUGGGAAGAUUUGCCUGGACUGUGCUGACACCAACAAGUUCCUCCGCUGGAAGCUGGUGAUGAUGCCAUACGUCAUCUGCACCUUCUUCUUUACCUCCUGUGUCCUGGUGGGGGCGCUAAUGUGCUAUAGCAUCCGUGGUCAGUUGGAGGAGUCUCUGUUCCUGGGCCUGAGGAGCGCCAUGCGGUUCUACAAGGACACGGACACGCCAGGCCGCUGCUACCUGAAGAGAACUCUGGACCUGCUUCAGAUCCAGUUCCACUGCUGCGGGAAUGCUGGGUACCGGGACUGGUUCCAUGUCCAGUGGAUCAGCAACCGGUACCUGGACAUGACCAGCAGCGCUGUGGUGGACCGUCUGAGGAGUAACGUGGAGGGGAAGUACCUGGCGGACGGCGUUCCCUUCAGCUGCUGCAGCACCUUCUCCCCUCGGCCCUGCAUCCAGCAGCAGGUCAGCAACAGGUCGGCCCACUUCAACUUCGACCGACAGAGCCAGCAGCUGAACCUGUGGAGGAGAGGCUGUCGACAGGCGCUGCUUGAACACUACACUGGCAUCAUGCAGUCCAUCGGCCUCACCGUGCUCCUCAUCUGGCUGUUUGAGCUGCUGGUUCUGACAGGAGUCCGUUACCUGCAGACGGCCAUGGAGAACGUUCUCCGGCUGGGCGACCCGGACUCCGAGUCGGAUGGUUGGAUUCUGGAGAACAGCCUUGCAGAAACAGCUCGGUCCAACUUCAACAUCAUCAAGAACCUGGGGAAGUGUUACCAGACGGACAACGACCCGAACAUCAACGUCCCGACCCCCGCUGUUGAGCAGGAGGUGCCGUCCCAGCUCAGGCCUGAGGGGUCAUUGACCUCAGGAACACCUCAAGUUCAAAACCUUUGAGGCCACACCCACAAUUCUUCAGGACUCGUUUCUGAUUUCUGCCUCCACAAGAACAAAGCAAGGUUUAUGUCCUCACCGCUGACUGACGACAACAGUCACAACUUUUGAACCAACUGAUAUUAAAUCAAAUAUUGAACUCAUAUGGUCAUAUCACAGACUGAAUGUCAUAAUGUUAAUUUGGGUUAUUACUUGAAAAGGAUCUGAUGUUCAGUUUCCUGCAGCAACUCUUUAAGGCCCCUUCCUCCCAAUGAAGCCCAUUCGGCUCUGAUUGGCCGGCUGGCUCCACUCUGUUGUGUUUUCUCCUGUUACCUCAGACUUUGGGCUUUUGAACUUUGCUGAACUUUUAUAUCCGCAACAAACCUAUAACACACUUUAAAGCUACAGGUGCUAUACUGAGAAAUCAAUAUCAUAUAUGUGAUUGGUAAUCAAUAGCAAUCAUUCGACAGUGACGAAUGGUGAAUCUUUACUUCCACUGGUUCUGUACGUUUCUGGUGAAAAGAGGAAACAACCUGAUUGAUGAAUGGAACGGACCUAAUGGGCUGUGAUUGGUUCGUCACACCGCUGCAUCACAGUGACACGCUCGUACGUUGGCCUUAACAGGACAUGUGACUGCAACAUCCUGUAGCUGCACACUGAUCAAUAACACACCUGAUGGUGGCGCUAGGUGAAAAUCACCUGAGUGUUUGAAGCUGAUUGGUCACAGAUGUUGAAACACUUCAGCCAUGAACUCGAGGCCUUCGUCCAUUUUCUGUUUCCUCCGUUUCUUUUUCCUCUUCUGUUAGCGUAGCUCCGUCAUGUUUGAUGUGGACAGAUUUUCUGUUUGUGAUUCGUCACAAAAUAAACAUGUUUAAACAAUGUCAGUGUGUGUGUGUGUGUGUGUGUGUGUGAGUGUGUG